AUGAUAAAUCAGAUAAGGAGGUCAUCAUAUAAUGAAGUGAUUAAGACUACCGAAAUUUACAAACACGUGGAUAUCCUCGGAAUUCAAACUUACGUGAUUAAUAGCUCUAGUGUUGUAUUCUUAAGCAAGAGAGCUCAUGCCCAACCUAAGAAGUUCAACAUUGGAAAAACCGGUCACUAUAGGGACCCUUUUUGUAAGAGAUGUGAUAGAAAUCUUGCAGACCCUACUUAUUUUUGCUCUUUGGCAUGCAAGUUUGCGUUUAUAAAAAAGGAUGGAGGCUUUUUCGUAAACCCAAAAGAGAUGGAAGAAAUGGAAAGAUAUCUAGAGCAAUCAAUCCAGGCAUCGCCUAAAAAAGAGAAGGCCAAGAAAUGCUGCAAACAAAAUCUGAAACGAAAAUUAGAAAGCGCAAGAAUUGAUGGGAAAGAGGAAGAGGAAAACGUAGAAAAAGAAAGGGAAGAAGGCGCCGAUGACAGAGAAAGCAUUCUUCCGGUUAAUCGUUCAUCGGCUUCACUUCGCAAGCCAAAUUCAAAAAGAAAGGGAAUAGCUCAUAGGGCACCUUUUUUUUAA